ACGACACUCUCACCGUUCUUCUAACAUGCCAUCGCCAACCACUGAACCCUAGACACCACAAAUUCCCACGAAUGAUCACGUUUCCACAAAACCCUAACAUUCCACCCCAUCCGAACCCAACCAUGGACAACGACGACCCUCGAAACGGCACCGUCGAGGACAACGACCACGACCACCGGGCCGCGAAGAAACCGAAGCUCACGCGCCCUAUUUCCGAACCUGAGAUUCGCCAGGAAUUUUCCCAUCACCAACCUGGCAUAGCUAGAAUCAACAACGGCAGCUUCGGAAGCUGUCCACGCUCCGUCCUCACCGCUCAGAACGCCUGGCAGCUCCGCUUCCUCCAGCAACCUGAUGAUUUCUUCUUCAACACGCUCCGAAAGGGAAUUCUCGACUCACGCGCCGUCGUCAAAGACAUCAUCAAUGCCGACCACGUCGAUGACGUCUCGCUCGUCGACAACGCCACCACGGCUGCCGCCAUCGUUCUCCAGCAGAUCGGUCGGCGUUUUGCCGGCGGCAACUUCAAGAAAAACGAUACUGUCAUAAUGUUCCAUUGCGCCUACCAAGCCGUCAAAAAAUCCAUCGAAGCCUACGUCACUCCGGUCGGCGGCUCCGUCGUGGAAGUUCAGCUACCGUUUCCGGUUCGCUCCGACGAAGAAAUCAUAGCAGAGUUCAAGAAAGGACUCGAGCGAGGUAAACUUAACGGGGGAAGAGUUAGGUUAGCGAUGAUCGAUCACAUAACAUCGAUGCCUUCUGUUGUUCUCCCCGUUCGCGAAUUGAUCAGAGUUUGCAGAGAGGAAGGAGUGGACCAGGUUUUCGUCGACGGAGCUCACGCCAUUGGAAGCUUGCGCGUCGAUGUUAAGGAAAUUGGGGCUGAUUUUUACGUCAGCAACUUGUACAAGUGGUUCUUUUCUCCGCCUUCGGUGGCGUUUUUGUACAGUAAGAACUCGAACGACGUGCACCAUCCGGUCGUUUCGCAUGAAUACGGGAAGGGGUUACCGGUUGAGAGUGCGUGGGUUGGGAUGCGAGACUAUAGUCCCCAGCUUGUGGUGCCAUCGAUUUUGGAGUUCGUGGAUCGGUUUGAAGGUGGGAUUGAGGGUAUUAUGAAGAGGAACCAUGAUGGGGUUGUUAAAAUGGGGAACAUGUUGGCAGAGUCUUGGGGAACGAUUCUAGGGUCGCCUCCUGGAAUGUGUGCUAGCAUGAUUAUGGUGGGGUUACCUUCUACACUCUGUGUGAUGAGUGAUGAUGAUGCCUUGAGGUUAAGGUCAUACCUCAGGGUCUAUCAUGGUAUUGAAGUUCCUAUAUAUUACCAGGCUUUGAGGAUUUGUGACAGGGAUCCCAGGGACAAGGAUGGGUUUAUAACUGGUUAUGUCCGCAUAUCUCAUCAAAUUUAUAACACUGUUGACGACUAUCAUAGGCUUAAGAAUGCAAUUAAUCAGCUUUUGGAAGACGGAAAAAUUUGCAGUGAGCUUCCAAAGGAGUGAUUUCAAAUAAGAAGAUAAAGAAAGCGGUAAUGGAAAAUGUUAAGAGCCCUCAUGGAAGAACCUAUACAAGGUUAAAUAUGUUUGCUGGGUUGCGUAAUUAUUGUAGAAUAAAGGGGAUCUUCUGCAUGCCACUACAGAGCUCAGUAGGGAUUCUGACAGUUACAUAUUGAAAUUAAGCAAGCUGAUAUUUGCGAGGCGUUUUUUUUCUAGUUCUGGUUUUUGGGGCCGUGAGAAGAUGUAUAUCAGCAGCAUUCUUUAGUUCUUGACUAAGUUUCAUUCAUGAGCUAAUUGCCUCUCAAUCCUUGGCUACUGGUUUGUAUGUAUAGGUUUGCUUCUUGGUAAUUGGGGCAAAGCAUGUUUGAAUCCUGCCUUGACACUAAAAACCAAAACUGGAUAACUCUUCUAUACGAUGGACUAAGGCACGGUAGUAGCCAUUUUGUUUACUGAUCAACGUAGUGAAUUCAGAAAUGAGUAUUGCAAAUAUAUGUUACUGCAUGUAAAAUUAAAUUAUGCCUUUUGAUGUUGUAGUGUAUUUUAUAACUCGUUAACCUAUAAUCCCUAGAGAUGGCAGCGGCUGUAUUUAGCUUACACCAUCUUUCAGCUGGGGGUAGCAAUACCUGAGCGGAACAAAUAUUUUCAGCAUCAGAUCUUAACUAAUGGCUACUAUCUACAAAGCCUUAUUACUAACAGUCUGGUUGGAAGCGUAUAAGUUGGAUUUGGAGCAAUUAGAUUUAUGAAAAGUUGGUUGACUUCUCUUGUGUAACAACAAUUUAACCUUGUGAGACAAUGCAAGCAUUAAUCGCAAAGAACACGCGCACGCUUCUUACAUCUUUGUGAGGCAUUGGUAUUCUUGAAAGGAACACAUUCUACUGGUUAGUGCGUCUUUAAUUUUCCAAUGAAAUAAGUUAUUAUGCAUCCUCCCAAUUGUCAUUUAAAU